AUGCAAUUGGAUCAUGAUGGAACCAAAGAAGUAAAAUUACAGAUUUGGGAUUUGAGUGGACAAGAUAGAUAUAUUGUAAUGUCAAGGCCAUAUUUUCACAAUGCCGAUGGUGUUGCUUUGGUUGUUGACCUCAGUCAACUUGAACAAACAAUGGAACACGCUAAAAAAUGGAAAACAGAAGUAUAUUCAAGAUUAGAUAAAGAUAUUCCUUGUAUUUUAUUGGCAAAUAAGUAUGAUAAAAUAGAAGAAAAUGAAGAAAAUUUAAAAGAUAUUACAGAUAAAUUAAAUCUAUAUACAAAAGAAAAUAAUAUUGCUAGUUGGGCAUUCACAUCGAUUAAACAUACCAACAUCGAUGAACCUUUUAAUAUUUUGACUAAAUUGGUGUUUGAAGAUUUGGAAUUAAAGGUUCAAUCAAAAAAUAAGGAAAAGUUUUCAGAGUUUAAACCUGAAAGAGAAAAUUCUUUCAAAGUUCAAAAUACUUCUUCAUCAACAACAAAAAAUAGAACUUGUGGUGGAUGUACCAUUCAAUAA